AUGAACCCAAUGCUAAUCGGCGUUUUGGGCCUAUCACAUCUAGUGUACAAGCUACUUCUUGUUGAACCCAUACCGACCCCAAAGAGAAUCGACGAGAAUUUGCUGCAGGUGGUGCAUCUUCGACUUUUUGCUUGUUCUUGUUGGAACACGAAUCUGGAAACUGAUACUCCAGAAUCAGCAGUUGCCAAUCUCUUCGCAUCUGCCAAAAGGAACCGUGCACAAUUUAGUCAAUAUGGUGCUGUAACCAACUGCUUGCAGCAAAUGCCUUCUGAAGCACAGAUGCGGGUCACAGCUUCUGAGGUUCAAAGUUUUUUGGUUUCUGGAAGAAAGAAAGAAGCUCUCCAAUGUGCACAGGAGGGUCAGUUAUGGGGGCCUGCCCUUGUUCUUGCUGCACAAUUUGGUGAUCAGUUUUAUGUCGAUACUCUGAAGCAAAUGGCACUUUGCCAGUUGGAAGCUGGGUCACCUUUGCGAACGUUAUGCCUGCUAAUUGCUGGUCAACCAGCUGAUGUCUUCUCAACAGAUUUCAUGGCUAGUAGGAACAUGUCUGGUGCUCUGAAUGUUCCUCAUCAACCUGCACAAUUUGGUGCCAAUGGCAUACUUGAUGGCUGGGAAGAGAAUUUGGCAGUGAUAACUGCAAAUAGAACGAAAGAUGACGAACUUGUGCUUAUUCAUCUUGGAGAUUCUUUAUGGAAGGACAGAAGUGAUAUAAUUGCUGCCCACAUAUGCUAUUUGGUUGCCGAAGCAAGCUUUGAGUCAUAUUCGGACAGUGCAAGAUUGUGUCUUGUCGGUGCAGAUCACUGGAAAUUCCCGCGAACUUAUGCCGGUCCUGAGGCUAUUCAGAGGACAGAAAUACAUGAAUAUUCAAAAAUGCUUGGAAACUCCCAGUUCGUUCUCCUUCCAUUUCAACCAUAUAAACUUGUAUAUGCCCACAUGUUGGCAGAAGUUGGGAGAUUAUCAGAUGCAUUAAAGUACUGUCAAGCAAUAUUAAAAUCACUUAAAACUGGUCGAUCUCCUGAGGUGGAGACACUGAGACAAUUAGUCUCAUCUCUUGAGGAAAGGAUAAAAUCUCACCAACAGGGAGGAUUUUCCACAAACUUAGCUCCAAAGAAAUUGUAUGGUAAAUUACUCAACCUUUUUGAUAGUACUGCUCAUCGUGUUGUUGGGGGCCUACCACCACCCGCUCCAACAAAUGGCAAUGUACAAGUCACUGAACACCAUCAACAAUCAGUGGGACCUAGGGUAUCAGCCAGCCAAUCAGCAUUAGCCAUGUCAUCAUUAGUUCCUUCUCAAUCCACUGAGCAUAUAAAUGAAUGGGCAGCUGACAGCAACAGAAUGACCAUGCAUACAAGAAGUGUUUCCGAACCUGAUUUUGGAAGGAGCCCGAGACAGGUUGAUUCAUCAAGGGAAGCGAGUUCUGCCAGUGAGCAAGACAAAACACCAGCAGGCGGUUCCUCUCGUUUUGGGCAUUUUAGUUUUGGAUCCCAGCUAUUCCAGAAGACUGUAGGUUUAGUAAUGAAACCUCGUCAAGGCCGUCAGGCAAAAUUGGGUGAAACAAAUAAGUUUUAUUAUGAUGAAAAACUUAAAAGAUGGGUGGAGGAAGGUUCGGAAGCUCCAGCUGAGGAAGCAGCCCUUCCACCUCCACCACCAACUGCUGUUUUCAACAAUGGAACACCAGAUUAUAACUUGAAGAAUACACUGCAAAGUGAAGCUUCUUACAGCAAUGGAACUCCAGAAAUUAAAACCCCGAGCACCCUGAAUAGUAAUUCAAGAAUGCCACCACUUCCACCCGCCUCCAAUCAGUUCUCAGCACGUGGAAGGAUGGGGAUCCGAUCUAGGUAUGUCGACACCUUUAACCAAGGUGGUGGAAACCCAAUGAACUUGUUCCAGUCCCCUUCUGCUGCUUCGACUAAACCAGCAAGUGUAGCCAAACCGACAUUCUUUAUGCCUGCACCUGUAUCCUCAGUCGAGCAGCAGGUUGAUACUUCCACAAAUGCGUUGCAAGAUACUUCAUCUGAUAAUAUAACUCCUCUAACUUCCACUGCAAGCAAUACACUCCAAUCUCCUCAAACACCUUCUGUGACCAUGCAAAGAUAUGCAAGCAUGGACAAUUUUUCUAACAGGGGGACAAGUAACAAUGAUUCUUUUUCUGCUCAUUCACGGCGUACAGCAUCUUGGAGUGGAAACCAUAAUGAUUCCUUCAGUCCUCCAAAUACGGUUGAAGACAGAUCAUUGUGA